AUGGUUGGAUUGUUGGCCCUCGCCGCACUGGCGUUCUUGCUCCGCGCGGCCUUGGUCGUCUGGCUCGGCUUCUCGGGAGACCGACCCUACACCUACGAGCACGGGGUGAUUGCCGAGAACCUGCUGGCAGGCAAGGGCUUCAGUAUUCAAUUCCUGGGGGUCGAAGGCCCCACCUCGCAGCAGGGCCCGAUCUAUCCCACGGCGUUGGCCGCCCUUUACGGUGUGUUCGGUGCCGGGAGUCGCGCCGCGCUAAUGACGAUGCAACUCCUGCAGUGCCUGGUCGGGGCGGGGCUGGUUGUUGCGCUCGCUCAACUGGCGUGGACCCUGAUGCCCGAUCGACCGGCGGCCGGCUGGAUGGCGGCGAUCGCCGCGACGUUCUUUCCCACGCAUAUCUACAUGGUCACGCACAUUCAAGUUGUCGUGUGGGUGGCCACCUUGCUCGUCGUGUUGCUGGCGGUUGUGGCCGCACGGAACAUUCAGCGUCCCCGCCUGCGGGCAGCCUUGGCUGGUGUUUUGGCCGGCGUACUGAUUCUGACCGAACCGAUCAUGGCCCUGGCCGUUCCCAUAGCCGCGCUGCUGCUGCUGCAAGUGGACUGGAAGCGUCCCCAGCAAGGACGCAUCUGCUGGCCUGCGGUGCUGCCUGUAGCAUUGAUGACGGUAACCGCCAUCGCGGUGGUCACGCCGUGGGUACUUCGCAAUCGCGCGGUGCACGGCGAAUGGGUGUUUGUGAAGUCAACGUUCGGCUAUGCAUUCUGGCAGGGGAACAACCCGGCGAGCUGGGGCACCGAUAAAAUCCCCAGCCAGGCCGCACUCAGUCUGGUUGAGUCGCACGACGGAUCACUCGCUGGCCGACACGAGGCCCUACGCGAAGCCCGACUCGAAACGCAAUACAUCGACGACCUUCUGCUGACCGACGAGCAUUACAAACAGUUCGAAGGACUGACAGAACCCCAACGGGCUCGCGUCCUCUCCGCCCAGGCCAAGUCCUUCAUUGCAGAACAUUCUGGGCACUAUGUGGCGCUCUGCGGGCAACGUCUGCGGUAUUUCCUGUUGCUCGACGCAACGAAUCCGAAGACUCAAGAUCCGCUAUACCGAGUUGCCACCGUUUCUUGGUUCGUAGUCGCCUCAGUCGGACUGCUGGUUUCCUUGGGCCAAUGGCGUCGGCUGUGGCCCGUUUAUGCCAUCUUUGCGGCGGUCACGUUAUUCCACACGCUGACGAUCACCUCGGUGCGGUUUCGCAUUGCGGUCGAGCCACUCUCGCUGGUGUGGAUUGCCGUCGCCUUUGAACCGCUGCUGGUUCACCUGCGAUCUCCGGCCCGUUGGGCAGCCGGGCUCUUCACCCCCAGGGCACAACCCCAGCCGGCGACGCAUCCCAAGCUGGCCGGUCCGCACUUCCUGCGUAAGGGUCGCGAAGCCGAAAUGGCCUCAUCCAACGACGAAUCGGCGUGUCGCGCGGGAUGCACGCCAUCGCCGGCCGCGUUGCGUUUCGGCAACGUCUUCUUCACCGGCUCCUUCCAGCUUGUGCUUGGGGUUCGUCGUGCGAAGUGGUUGCUGAAUAGCACCUUAUGCCUUCUCCCGGGGUGCGAAGCCCCGCUCUCUUUCCUCGCUGGCACCGGGUUUGCUUUUUCACUCGCCCAGCACGUUGCCGGCAUGGUGCUGGCGGUGCGGAUAGUCUCCCUUUCUCUUUCUGGUGUUGAACGAAGAGUGACGAUGCACGCACGGCAAUUGAUCGACAUGGCGGUUUGGGUCGCGACCCAUCGCCAAGGGCUUUUGGUCCCCCGCACGCAAAUCCCCUUGCCGGCCAUCGAACGCUAUUGGUCCUCGUCAAAGUGCCGACUCGACCGCUGGGGCUGGGCCCUGAAAGAAAUGCGGGAAGCCAUCCCAGGCCCCUUCGAUCAGGCUGAAGAGUUCCGCGCGUUGCUCGUCGAGAUUCUGGCAUCCGAUGUACUCACCCGCGUGUGGAGCGGAUUGCUCUGUGCCCACGAUCAGAUGCGAGGCACCUCCGAAGUGGAGCCGAUCGCCCGGAGCGUUUACAUCGGGCAUCUCGAAGCCCGCCAUCGGGCGCUCACUUUCCUGCUCGACCAUUCAGCAAGCGAUCUUCGCUGGGCGGUCGAAGUCGACCGGGUACGGCGACAAACCGAACGCUGGACCGAUCUGCUGCUGGCUCUCAUGUCUGAAUUGCCCGGGUGCGUGGAGUUCGCCGUCGAUCACGAACGUAUCGUCGAGUUCGGUCUCGGCUGUGGGCAACGUUCAACAACCGCCGAAUCGCUCGUGGCCGCCGGAGUUCGCACGGCCUCGCGGCGGUUGGACCAGGAAGUAUCGCCCAACGCCGACUUAAACGCCGCCGUGGCAGCCAGCGUGCUGGGCUGCUUUCCCAGCGCCGCGUUCGACGGUGUCGGUGUACCACGACCCCAUGGAUAUUGGUCGCUGCUUGAGGGUUCCAGCGAUAAAGUGCUCGUUACCGAAAAGGCAACGAAACGCCGCCUGGCAACCGCCGACCGUUUGGAACCCGGUCGCGUCUUCUGGCCAGGCUCGAACGCACCGGAGUGA